AGAAAAAUAUGUUUGGUCAAUGAAUGCAUGAUUUCCAUGACUGUACUAAAAAAUGUUCAUCAAGAGAAAAUAAAUAAUUGUGCUGGCAGAACUUUUAACGUUGCACAAAAAAUAUUAUGUUGGCCGAGCAAGAGGGAGCGUCAAUCGUCUGAGCAUGCGCAAAGGAGUUCUACCAGGCGCCUCCUGGAAUUUCCCCCACCACCACGAGUCACGACUCACGACAUUGCAGCGGUAUUUUUUUCAGGCUUAAAGCUAUGCAGUGCCGCUAUUGUAAAUUUUCACAUCUGCAUCAAGACAUUCUCCUUAAGCACUACAGGCUUCAUCAUUGGCAAGCAGACUUUGAAGUCUUUGUUGGAGAGACCUGACGUACUUGAGAAGACAUUUCCCAUAAAGCAGGGUACACCAGGAUUUUACACCUCACCUUUUGAUGGAAACAAUGUUACUUCGAGUCAUUCUCUCACCUGACAACAUCAGGAAGUUAUCAAUACCCACACCAUCAUCAAUUGAAGAACUCUCUGCAGUUCUCUGUGAAAAAAUGCAGAUAAUGGGAAAUUUUGUUAUCCAGUAUGAAGACCCUGACUUCAACAAUGAACUUUGUACUUUACAUGACAUCACAGAGCUUCCAAAAGACAAGGCUACUUUGAGGAUCCACUGGGAAGUAGUUGUAAGCCCAGUGGUGGACGAUGUUCACAUUUCAGAUUUCACUGUGGAUACAGCAAGCAUGACAUCCACUCAGUCAUCAGCUUUAUCACCCCAAUCAGUUUCUCCUCUAUCUACAUCCAGAUCUGAGCAGUGGCCAAGCAUGUUUCCAGUGCCUUCAUUUUCAUAUGAUGUGGAGUUGAGGCUGAAAAAAGCUAAUGAGGAUCUUCAAGCAAAUGGAACAGCCCUGAUUGUUCCAAGAGACAUGAAAAUGCAUAUCUUGGAGAAAUUGGCUGAAACUGUGUACUCUUACAAAGCCUACCCAAAAGACUCUGAAAUAGAGAAAGUUGCAUCUGCUCUGGUAGAAAAACACCCCAGUCUCAAAGACCCAGGAUCUGGCACAAGUGGAUGUGAAGCAUGGAAAAUUAGCCUGAAGUUUAAAAUGGCUAAUUAUCGUCAGAAACUCCGCAAUGCAGGAUGCAGUGAGAUGAUUGUAAAUACCCACUCUAGACAAGGUUCAUCUCGAGGAUCUCUCAAGAGACCCAGAAGAUCUGAACUAAACUUUCUUCCCGACCAUCCUGUUGGUUUGGAUGAAGAAGAAUUGGAGAAGGAAAGGUCAUUGGUGGAGAAAGAAGUGAAAAAGAGAAAUUUGAGCUUGACCGUUUUGAAUGCAAAAAUGGAGACAACAUUUUCCUUGAGGAGAAAGGAAAUUGUGCAGGAUCAGCCGCUGGUGUCAACAAUCAAGCAAAGAUGGCCAGGACUGUUUUUUGAGGAGGAGGUUUGUGCUGAAUUCUUCCGCAUCAACCGUAUUGACCUGAAGUCAACAUUCCUGACAUCGCUGGACAAUCACACCCAGGGGUUGCUAAAGAUGUACAGAGCCAAAGCAAGACAGGGAAGGUGGAACAACUUGGAUGAACUUCUGGAACAACUGGAUGCCCAGACAACAGAUCUAACUACUCAUAGAAGGUCUGCUGUUCUUCGUGGUCUUCCCCUGUACUUGAGAGAGCCAGCUUCAAUUUCAAAGACUAUUAAGGAUACUGAGGCACUGGGGCCACACACAAAGGCCAUGAAAAUGGGGAUCCUGGAAGUGACUGACAGUUCUACCAACUUAGGACCAUAUCCCGCAGUAGUCAAUGUGGCUGUAGUACUGGAGGAGGAAGUUGUCAUGGACAAUCUGGGAGACUUCACAAAUGCCCUCAUGAUGCUCUUUGGUCUGCUGUAUGCUGUAAAUAUGGAGUACCCUAAGGACUUAAGCUGCUGCCUCCACCCGUCUGCCGGCCGCAGUGCCAGCCUGCUUUUCACCAAGGGCGGCCCCCUGCAUCCACUCCAGCGCCGCAUCCGCAGCAACUAUCUAGACGAUUGGCUGAUACUAGCACAAUCUCAGGAUCAUAUGUGUGAGGACAGGGACUUGGUGCUCCAGCACCUGAGCCUGUCGGGCCUUCGGAUCUCUUUUCUCAGUAUGGAGUUGGAUUCAGUCGAACAGACAGCAACGGUGGCGUACAUAAACCGACAAGGUGAGAAGACCCCUGAAAAUGCCGAUUGUGGCCAUGCUUUCCGUUCUGCAGCAAGGGCUUGA